CUUGCAGAUAACUUCCUUUUUAGUGAUGAAAUCAUAGCCAAUGGUUUUCACUCUUGUGACAGUGAUGAAGAUGACAGAGCCUCACAUGCAAGUUCUAGUGACUGGACUCCAAGACCACGUAUAGGUCCCUACACUUUCGUUCAGCAGCAUCUCAUGUUAGGUACAGACCCACGGACAAUUUUGAAAGACCUGCUACCAGAAACAAUCCCACCACCUGAACUGGAUGAUAUGACACUGUGGCAAAUUGUUAUAAACAUUCUUUCAGAACCACCAAAACGGAAAAAACGAAAAGAUAUUAAUACUAUUGAUGAUGCUGUGAAACUUUUACAAGAGUGCAAAAAAAUAAUGGUCUUGACUGGAGCUGGGGUGUCUGUGUCUUGUGGAAUACCUGACUUUAGAUCAAGAGAUGGCAUCUAUGCACGCCUCGCUGUAGACUUCCCAGACCUUCCAGAUCCUCAAGCAAUGUUUGAUAUAGAAUACUUCAGAAAGGAUCCCAGGCCAUUUUUUAAGUUUGCAAAGGAAAUCUUUCCAGGACAGUUCCAGCCAUCUCUCUGUCACAAGUUCAUAGCUUUGAUGGAUAAAGAAGGAAAACUACUUCGUAACUAUACUCAGAACAUAGACACGUUGGAACAGGUUGCAGGAAUCCAAAGGAUAAUACAGUGUCAUGGUUCCUUUGCAACAGCUUCCUGCCUGAUCUGUAAAUACAAAGUUGAUUGUGAAGUUGUUCGAGGAGAUAUUUUCAAUCAGGUUGUACCUAGAUGUCCCAGAUGUCCACCUGAUGAACCACUUGCUAUUAUGAAGCCAGACAUAGUGUUCUUCGGAGAGAAUUUACCUGAGCAGUUCCAUCGCGCCAUGAAGUAUGACAAAAAUGAAGUUGAUCUCCUUAUUGUCAUUGGGUCUUCACUGAAAGUAAGACCAGUAGCAUUGAUUCCAAGUUCCAUCCCUCAUGAAGUGCCUCAGAUCUUAAUUAAUAGGGAACCUUUGCCUCAUCUACACUUUGAUGUGGAGCUUCUUGGAGACUGUGAUGUUAUUAUUAAUGAAUUAUGUCAAAGGCUAGGUAGUGAAUAUACAAAACUUUGCUACAACUCAGUAAAACUUUCAGAAAUAACAGAAAAGCCGCCACGAACGCACAAGGAGCUCGAGAUGCCCUCAUCUGAGCUACCGCCUACCCCUUUAAACAUUUCAGAAGAUUCUAGUUCACCAGAAAGAAUGACUCCACCAGAUACUUCAGUGGUGUCUUCAGAACACCCAGCUGAAAGUAAGGUAGAAAACUGUGAUCCUGCCUCAGAAACUAAAGGGGCCUGCACAGAGGAAAAGCUUCAGGACACACAGACAUCACCAGAAAACCCUGAAAAUCCUACUAGUGAACUAAUGAACUCUGAAACUAUGAAGGAAAAUGGAUCUAACAAUGGAGAAAAUAAAGAAAAAAAUGAAAUCUUGAAGAAGUGCUGGGUAAACAGAUCUACAAAAGAACAGAUCAGCAAAAGGCUGGAUGGUACUCAGUAUCUCUUUUUACCACCAAAUCGCUAUAUUUUCCAUGGUGCUGAGGUAUACUCGGAUUCCGAAGAUGAUAUCAUAUCUUCCAGCUCCUGUGGGAGUAGUAGUGAAAGUGGUUCCUGUCGUAGUCAGAGCUUAGAUGUGGAGGAUGAGAGUGAGAUUGAAGAGUUUUACAAUGGCAUAGAGGAUGAGGAUGCUCCAGAAAGGGAAGAGGAACCUGGAUUUGGGGAAGAUGGAGUUGAACAGGAUGAAUCAGCAGCUGAUGAAUCAGCUUAUACAACUGCAGCUGCAGGGACUGACCAUCUGAGCAACAAGUUGUGAAGUGGUCAUGGACUGGUUACAGGAACUUUCCACCAGCAUUAGGAGCUUUGGCAUGUCAGAAUGAAUGUUUACGUUUGAAUUUAGAACAACAGAAACAUAAGGAUGUAGUGUUUAUAAAUAACAAAAACAGAUUUUCAUGCUUAGUUUUUUACCUUUUUCAAUAAAAUUCUAUUACUGUGCA